UGCCAAUGGCACCAACUGUCACAAAAAGCACGUCAGAGAAAAAUAAUCAAUGAGAAUAAAUGUAAUAAAUUCUGUUUCAGGAUAAUUUUUGCAAUAUUAAUCAGUUCGUUUGCUUUCUGUGCUUAAUUAGCAGUUGAAAAAUGAACUCUUUCGAACCGUUCUUGGAUGGUCCAUUCAACAAGUUAUGGAAAGGAUUAGAUGAUAUUCAAAGCUUUCCUCAAUGCGCAAAAUUUGAAUUGAGAGCUGCAGAUUGUCUGGAAGCAUACGGAAAGGAUCACUGGGGGAAAAAAUGUCAAGAUUACGUUGAAGACUUGCGCGAAUGCAUUUUUCGCAGCAAGCAAAAUAUGCGAGUUCGCCUGAUGAGAUUGGAACGUCAGAGACAAUGGAGAGCUGGAGAACGAGAAACUUAUUACGCCCCUGGACCACCAGAAGAUGCUUAUUAAACAAUUGCACAAAGGCAAUUAACGAGUUUCGUGAUUAGAACUUCUAUUAAUGAUACGAAAGUGCAGGAAAUUUCAUGUUAUUCACAAUUAUUUAAACUCUUAAUUGAAAUAAAUCUC